GUUGCGUGAAUAGACUCGUCUCAUUCGUCACUCGAGUGGCAGCAGCAGGUCGCAGUCGCAACAUUGUUGUGCGAGACCCAGACAAGAGUGGAUGCCUUUUUAAUUCGUUUUUGAUCUUUCUGAGCGUCGAAGAAACAUCCGGAGUGCCUCUGCGGGUCCACGGGUCCAGCCUAAUUAAUUAAUUGCAGUCGAUUGUCGCUCAACAGUUGGAUGAAAGAAUGGAUCUGAGGGGCCAGAAGCCUCUGAAACGCGGUCCCCGACCAAAGUUGCGGGUGUCCAAUCUUCGUAGACCAUCAGGUGCCGACUGGGAAGCGCAGAAUGUGUCCGACAAGCGUGGAUUCCUCCACACUCUAGGACUUAAGCCUGUCAUCCCCUCAGCCAGCAAACUGACGCUCGAGCCGAAGGUUGUGAUUUCGGCGGCGGACCAGCUCAUCUGCUUCCAAAAGGUGCAACGCAAAAGAGGCAGACCCAAAAGCAGCAAGAAGGUGGUCAGCAAGCAGGUCAGCAAGAAGAAAGAAGAGUCAAAACUUUGCUUCAAAUGUGGCGCCAUCCUCUCCAGCACCAAACGACUAGAAUCUCAUGAACGCUACUGCGGACUGAAGAAAGAGAGGCCUGUGCGAGAUAAGAAAAACAUUGUAACCAGCAGUGCUUGUGAAAAGAACUUGGACACAAAGACUCCUUUCUUUGACAAAGGCAUCGUCGAAGUCAGCGCUCAGGACUUCGAGAGUGAUGAGGACGAUUGGACCCUCGUGGGCUACUUCAGGUUGAAACCAAAUGUUAGUUGCUCUGGGUAAUAUUUUUGAAACGACUGAAAACUGAAUAUUUAUUUAAUUGAUGUAAUUUGUACUCAUUUUAAAAUGUUGAUAUGUAAUGGAAAUUUCAGAAAAUGCAAUAAAUGGUCUUAAUUCAUAUUUCUUAA